AUGAAUCAGCCGGAUUUCAUUCAACACGGCGGGCGGCUGCGCCAGGAACGUAUCCGGGGGCAGCGCGUGGAGCCCGCCCCUCCGGGUCGCGAGAUCCGACUGGGCCCACCCCCUCACAAGAGCACCACACUCACUCCCGCCUCACCCCCACCCCCUCACAAGAGCACCACACUCACCCCCGCCUCACCCCCACCCCCUCACAAGAGCACCACACUCACUCCCGCCUCACCCCCACCCCCUCACAAGAGCACCACACUCACUCCCGCCUCACCCCCACCCCCUCACAAGAGCACCACACUCACUCCCGCCUCACCCCCACCCCCUCACAAGAGCACCACACUCACCCCCGCCACACCCCCACCCCCUCACAAGAGCACCACACUCACCCCCGCCUCACCCCCACCCCCUCACAAGAGCACCACACUCACUCCCGCCUCACCCCCACCCCCUCACAAGAGCACCACACUCACUCCCGCCUCACCCCCACCCCCUCACAAGAGCACCACACUCACCCCCGCCUCACCCCCACCCCCUCACAAGAGCACCACACUCACUCCCGCCUCACCCCCACCCCCUCACAAGAGCACCACACUCACUCCCCGCCUCACCCCCACCCCCUCACAAGAGCACCACACUCACCCCCGCCUCACCCCCACCCCCUCACAAGAGCACCACACUCACCCCCGCCUCACCCCCACCCCCUCACAAGAGCACCACACUCACUCCCGCCUCACCCCCACCCCCUCACAAGAGCACCACACUCACCCCCGCCUCACCCCCACCCCCUCACAAGAGCACCACACUCUCCCCCGCCUCACCCCCACCCCCUCACAAGAGCACCACACUCACUCCCCGCCUCACCCCCACCCCCUCACAAGAGCACCACACUCACUCCCGCCUCACCCCCACCCCCUCACAAGAGCACCACACUCACUCCCCGCCUCACCCCCACCCCCUCACAAGAGCACCACACUCACCCCCGCCUCACCCCCACCCCCUCACAAGAGCACCACACUCACCCCCGCCUCACCCCCACCCCCUCACAAGAGCACCACACUCACCCCCGCCUCACCCCCACCCCCUCACAAGAGCACCACACUCACCCCCGCCUCACCCCCACCCCCUCACAAGAGCACCACACUCUCCCCCGCCUCACCCCCACCCCCUCACAAGAGCACCACACUCACCCCCGCCUCACCCCCACCCCCUCACAAGAGCACCACACUCACCCCCGCCUCACCCCCACCCCCUCACAAGAGCACCACACUCACUCCCGCCUCACCCCCACCCCCUCACAAGAGCACCACACUCUCCCCCGCCUCACCCCCACCCCCUCACAAGAGCACCACACUCACCCCCGCCUCACCCCCACCCCCUCACAAGAGCACCACACUCACCCCCCGCCUCACCCCCACCCCCUCACAAGAGCACCACACUCACUCCCGCCUCACCCCCACCCCCUCACAAGAGCACCACACUGAAAUGUACUGA